AUGGUCACACGCACCGCACGAUUGGGUGGCAAGACAAAUGGCGCUAAGCCGAGCGGCUUGAUGUUGAACAAGAAGGGCCUCCAUAGUGUUCAUGAGGUGACAUUGGCGAACUACUCUGCGGAGUACCUUUACCUUCGUGAAAAUGAGCUGACCGAAUUUGACGCCGAAGUGACCAUGGAAAACCUUAAGGUGUUGGAUCUGUCCAUUAACGAAAUUGGUGGAACAGUGGAUUUCUUAAGCAAGACCCCGUUUUUGCGCCAUCUUUACAUGACAGGGAAUAGGGUUGAGUCUCUGCAUGGCAUUGCAAAUUUUUCUUCCCUGGAGACACUGUGUCUCAGUGACAACGCCAUCAACAGCUUUGAGGGGUUAGAACGGCUUCCAAACUUGCGGGUGCUUUCCCUGAACUUUAAUAACAUAUCCUCCUUUGAGCAUUACCCGAAUCUUCCUUCACUGCAUACACUGAACCUUGUUGGGAACCCGGUGACAGAAAUUCCUUCUUACCGCAGUAUGGCCAUCGCCAUCAACAAUCCUAACCUUGUCACUAUCGACGGUAAUCCUGUCCAAGGGGAAGAGCGUGCUGCACUGGAGCAUUACCAAGGAAAGGUUGCUUACUGUAUCUGCGAAGGGUUUAUUGUUGAAGGAGAUAAUGUGGAAGAGGCCACGGAUGCUUUUCUUCUCAAACUUCAGCGUGCGAGGGAAAAGUCAAAGCAUCUACAGCUAUGCUCUAUUCGUCUCGCACCGGAGGAUGAAACUCGUAAUGUUCUCACGGAGGGAAUUCCGGUACGAUUGACAUGCUGCAUGCAAGACAUUCGCACGUUUGAGCAGAGGGGCACGGAUAUAUUUUUCUCGCGUUACUUGUAUCCCGUAACCUUCAGGGUCUCUGGUGAGGCUACAGAAGUCUUUGUGGUUGGUUCCAUGAACAACUGGACAGACCCCAUUGAACUGGAGCGUUGUGGAGAUGAAGGCGAAAUUUAUUUCCACACCAUUCUCUAUCUACCUGCCGGGGAUUACGAAUACCGUUACAUUGUGGAUGGUGUUGAGAUCGAUCCCGAGGCAAAUGGAGUUUUGUCCAAGUACAAGCAAGGCUUCUGCUACAUUUACAAAGUCACAGAAUUGGAACGUACGGAAGAUGAAAAGGAUACUGUUCUGCACAUUCGUUGGAUGAAGAGCGCACCAGGUAGCUGCUAUGAGAUCAUAGAGGACAACAACACACUGACGUAUACACCAACUGUUGCUGAUGUGGGUUGCUGUCUGCGCGCUGAGGUGCUUGCGUACGUUAACGGUAUGUUCUCUUUCCUGUACUUUGAUAUUUCCACCCCCAUUGUCGCUGGUCCACCAACGUGCCCCCAUCUUGAGGUUAAGGGCAAGGCUGUGGAAGGCCAUGUUUUGGUGGCGGAGGCCGAAUAUGUUGGUGGUGUUGAGGGUAAUUCUUACCUCAGCUGGUUCCGCAUUACCCCUGAUGGCCAAGAAAUUGCUAUUGAUAUCAAUGAUCCUUGGUCUGGCUACAAGCUGACGAGCAAUGACAUUGAUUGUCGCAUCAAGGUGGAGUUUACUCCCAUGCGGAAUGAUUGGGUGGCAGGCGAACCCAAAUCUGUUGUUACGGCACCCGUUGUGGCUGGCGCUCCUGAAUGUGAAUCUAUCAAGAUAAUUGGUAGCCUUAUUGAAGGAAGCGAAUUGGAGGUGGAGGUGGUAUACUCUGGUGGUGAGGAGGGAGAAAGCUAUUACCAAUGGCUUCGCAAAGAUGAGGGCUCAGAGGAGUACUUCCCUAUUGAGGGAGAGAAUGCCACGCGGUAUGUUCCCACUCUUGAAGAUGUGGGUAAGUGCCUGGCAGUGGAGUACACACCUGUCAGCAAACAAGGUGAAGAGGGUGAAACAUGCCGUUGUGUGUUGGAGAAGCCUAUUGAACCCUCUACCCCGGAAAUCCACGACCUCAAAAUUAUGGGCGAGUUAACAGAGCAGCACGUACUCACAGUGGAAUACGAGUACACAGGAGGGCACUUUGGACCACACGUGAUUCAGUGGUUCCGCCGAGAUCGAUACAAACGUCUAACCAAAACUGGCCGCCCUAACAGCUCAACACUCGCUCUUACCAAGCGUGAAGUCGACUGCACGAUUGAGGUUUCGGUGACACCUGUGCGCUCGGAUGGUGUGCAGGGAAGAACUGUGACAACAAGGUCGGAUGGUGUCGUUUCUGCUGGUAUUCCUCAAACUAACUUCUUGAACGUUGUGGGUGAGCCUUUGGUUGGUAAUACCCUGGAGCUGGAAGUGGAGUACUUUGGUGGCGAGCCUGGCGAACCGAUCAUUGAAUGGGAGCGUGAGGUACCAGGGACAGAGAACUUUGAAGUGGUUGAGACCGGUGUGCGCAAUUACACGGUUCAGAAGGAGGAUCAGGGAAGGUUGAUUCGCGUAACGUACACACCGGUACGCGUGGACGGUACUCCUGGAGAAGCGAAGAGCCGCAUCGUGCAGGUGCCAGAUGAUGGGGCGGAUGAGAAGGAAGAGGAGAAAGAAAUAAAGAAGACUUCAGAGGAGCCUGUGGUGACUCGUCAUGUGGAUCCGGGGUUCGCUACGGCAACCCGGGAGCUGGAGGAGGCGGCGGCAAAUGUCGCUUCAGAGGAAGAGACGGAGUCAAUGAAGAAGGAUGAGGAAACUAAGGAUGGCCCUGAAAAAGAGGCAGAGGAUGCCGUUGCCUCCAACCAAAAUGCGGACGAGGGGUCUCAACUCAAUUCCGCUCAGGCCAAGUGA